GUGGCACAGGCUGCAUGAUUGUCCCUCCUAUCUUCCUCGACCUUGCGGGACCAUGUCCGUCAAUGAGCGUCGCGCCAGCUACAUGAGCGCCCCGAGACCCCGCGUUGCGUCCAACCGCGUCGCCGACGCUGAGAAGCCCGGUCUGCGCAGCGCUGCUUCCCCCUUGCAAUCGGAGAAUAUAGACCAUCGCGGGAGCACCUCCAGCCAGAAAACCAGAUCGUCCCGCGACCAACAACCUAUCGUCAGCGACAAGCGUACCGAGCGAAUGGCGAUGCAUACGCGAGACAAGUCCCAAGUCCGAACGAGAAACCCGGUCAAGGAGUCGUCCAGUGCAGGCAAUAGAGGUGAAUUCAUGGAGAGGUCCCGAUCUAAACGAGGACCGAGUCAACCCGAGGGGGCCAGUCCCAAUUCCCGAAAGAAAGAUAAGCAACCGGUGGAGACUCCAUGGAACCCUCAGGCUUCGUUAAUGCCCCAUUCCACAGCACCGUUAGCUAGUCGAGUAUCGUUUCCUCCUUUGGCUUCCGCUCUGCCUCAGUCGCUUCAGCCAACACCGCUUCGCGAGCUCUCAGCCGAUGCGCAGGAAAAGGCGAUACUGGAGGAUUUGCUAUACGUUUUUAUGGGAUUUGAGGGCCAAUACAUUCAUUACCGGUCAUAUGACCCGUCCCAGGAGAAGGACAGGUUGACCGGACCUUCUUUCCAGCUACCCUCGGGAAUGGACCCGACCCUAAAGGAGCUUACACUAUCGACCUUAAAAUUAGCGACUCAUUACAGUGCGCUAGAAUCAUUUGUGGAGGUACAGAGCCGCGCAGAAUACGGAGCAGUCAGCCAUGCACUAUGUGCGACGAUUCGGAAAUUACUCAAGGAGUACCUGGUCCUCGUCGCCCAGCUAGAGCACGAAUUGCUCAACAACCCGAGCUUCACGCUACAUGUUCUUCAUUUACACCUCAUGCCGACGAGCCAAUGUUUGGCUCAGCUGUAUACUUUGGGUCAGGAGCUACUUCGACGGAACGGGCUUUUAGAUCAGGAUCUCGACGAGUCAAUCGACGAUUUUGACGAUGUGGACAAUAUACUGGAGCAACUCAAGGAAGGUGGAGAGCUUGUGCCUGGAGCCAUGUCUAGCAAGAGGAUCUGCAAAGGCGGCAAUGUUUUGCGGCUCCUUACUGAGCAGCUGACGACAUUCUCGGGUGACCCGACCACGAAAGCUCUUUUGGAAAGGCUGCUUCGGGAUGCCAGUCGGCCGUACAUGACAAUGCUUAAUGAAUGGUUACACCAUGGAGGUAUCAAGGACCCACAUGGCGAGUUUCUUGUCAAAGAGCAAAAGUGGAUCAAGCGGGAGAAGCUCGAGGAAGAUUACACAGACGAAUACUGGGAGAAGCGAUAUACAAUUUGCGAAAACGAGGUUCCACCACAACUGGAAAGCGUCAAGGACAAAGUCCUUCUGGCCGGAAAGUACCUGAAUGUCGUGCGAGAAUGUGGUGGUGUCGAUGUUAGCAAAGCAGUGAAAGAUGUUCCGAAAACCCUCGACGACCCUCGCUUCCUAGAAAACGUCAACGCAGCCUACACGUAUGCCAACGCAUCGCUGUUGAAUCUCCUUCUCACGAAGAAUUCCCUUACGACCCGCUUCCGUUCCCUCAAGCACUACUUCUUCCUAGAUCGGUCCGACUUCUUCUCAUACUUUCUCGAGCUCGGCGCAUCUGAACUACGCAAGCCUGCGAAGAAUGUCAAUGAGAGCAAGCUCCAGUCGCUUCUCGAUCUAGUAUUGCGACAACCCGGGAGUAUUGCAGCUCAGGAUCCAUUCAAGGAAGAUGUCAAGGUCCGAAUGAACAAGGUCGGGCUCACGAAAUGGCUGAUGCAGGUUGUAAGCGUUUCGGGUAUCGAUCAGGAUAACCCGGAGGCGGCAAUCGAAAAAUACCAAGCACCUACAAGCCAGGGUGCAGAGGAUGACAAGGAUAUAUUGGGCUUCGAUGCGUUGGAGCUGGAUUACUCUGUUCCUUUCCCGCUAUCCCUUGUAAUCAGUCGCAAAACGGUUCUCCGGUACCAGCUGAUUUUCCGACACAUCCUGUCACUCCGUCACAUUGAAACCAUGCUUGUCACAUCGUGGCUAGACCAGAGCAAGGUCAUUGCCUGGAGGCACAAGUCCUCUGACCGACGACUCGAGAUGUGGAAAAGGCGAGCGUGGAACCUGCGGUCCAAGAUGUUGGUCUUUGUCCAGCAGCUCCUCUACUUUUGCACGGCGGAGGUUGUAGAGCCCAACUGGCAGAACCUUAUGGACCGAGUAAAUGGCACUGAUGCCGAUGGCUCCGAGGUGACUGUCAAUGGCACCAAACAAGUCAAUCGCACUGUGGACGAGCUGAUGCAGGAUCAUGUGGACUUUCUGGAUACAUGCCUCAAGGAAUGCAUGCUGACGCAGGCUAAGCUGCUCAAGAUCCACCAUCGACUCAUGACCUGCUGCACCAUGUUUUCCUCCUGGGCUACAUCCUCUCUUGCGCGUGCGCUUGCUUCAGCGGACCCUGACUUGGCGGGAAACAAAGCCGCUGGUUCAGAUGGGCGAGGAUAUGACCCGUCGCGUAUCGACAAGCUAGAGGAGACGCUGCGUCGAUGCGAGGAGCAUUUCAACCGGCAUCUGCGGAUUCUGAUGGACAGCUUGAACUACUACGCCGCGACUGAAAGUGUCGUUCUUCUUAAGCUGGCGCAUGCCUUGAGCGCGAUCAGUAAAGACGACUGAAGCGAGAACCUUACUAUCUCCACUGAAAGGUUCCGAGGGUAACCUCACCACUUUCGCAGUUUGGAAUAACAUUCAAGCCAACAAUCCUCCACAGCACGCGGCGACAUCCAGCACCUAACACAGCCGUGCCAGGUCGCCCCUUGAUGAGGGACUUUUACAGGCCAACCCAUAAGCCAUAUAGGCCGCGCUUGCGAACAGCAGUGCAGAGACAAAUUGGGAGUUUCUGCACACAACCUCACCUCACUCCUCCACCCCCUCUAUAGUUUUUUUGUUUUAUUACCUAUGUGUUAGCCACGGCAGGGCUGGAG